GAGCCAAGGCCAGGUCAAAAAUUAUGCCGGUGCAAUAGUUCUGCGGAGUAAAUGGUCUGUCUGCUUUCAUCUGAUUUGUCUAGAUGUCCACCAGGUCAUCCCUCUCCCUCCCUGCUCACGUCCGUUCCCCGCUAAUGCAAUCAAUAUCUACAGCCUUACAACAAUCCAAUGUUUACCUACAUAAUGGUUCGCUGAGAGUUGUGUGCGACACAUGGUCAUUGGGAAGCUUGGUUAUGACAGUACAAUAACAGCAUCCAUGGGCACACUCUUCUAGAUAUUUAUUAUACGUCCUGUACCAUUGCCGUUCCUUCAAUUGGUCCUCUCUACUUUUUCACAGCCAAAUCCGCAUCCGAAAGCAACACAAGUCUUCCUCCAAUCCUACGAACCUACAGACGAUCUAUAGACCUACGAGCCAAUUUCACAUCGUCCAACAUGCCCGAACGUCGCAAUCCCACCAGCGCCAAUGCUCCCGUCCGCCCCUCAGUCCGACGUAAUCUCUUCCCCUCCCACCUCCGCACCUCGCACACCGCAUCAUCCACCACCCCUUCCCACUCCUACUCGCACACCACGCCCACCAACCCCGCCCCCUCGCAUCCCAUCCCGUCUCUCCCCCGUCGUCCAACCACUUCCUCAACCAGUACAUCUGCCGAAACCCUUCGUCUGGACCACGCAUCCACAUUCCCAUCUCAUUCCUCCCACUCCAACGAUCGCGAUGCCAAUUUCCAUUCCUUCCCGCACAAUGGACAUGAGAGAAAUGGAAGUCGGAAUAACAGUACCCUGUCGUUCGAUGGCACAACGGAUAUAGUGAUGCGAGAUAAAAAUGGCGAUUUUGAUAUUGGCAGUAUGAUGUUGGGAGGGGGAAUAGAUCCGGGAGGGGAUUUGUCGUUUGGAGACGAUGAUGAGGAUAUGGUUGGGGUUGAGGGAGAGGAGGAGAGAGAAAGACAACGUCUAAAUGAUUCGAUAAAGCAUCAUCAACGAGAUCGCAAUCGUGCGCCAAGUGAACCCGCUGAAUUACUAGAAGCAGUACGCAAUAGUCUACGUGCCAAGACAGCUGCGCUAUCAGAUGAUAACUGGAUGUUUGAAGCGGAAAAUGAAGGGAUUGUUCGAUAGUCGUGCAUAAAUUCUGUAGAACUCAUGGUCGUAAGUGAGAUGCGAUACAGAGAUAUGCAAAUGUGAGUGCUGAAGUGGUGUUUGUUGGAUAUGUCAUUCAGUAGACUGCAUUUCUGGCAUGCUGGUCAUACUUCCGGUAUGGACGAAUUUUUUUAACAUGGCGUAAAGUUUGGAUGGAUGCA